AAAGCAGUAUUAUUUAUUGCAGGAAUAAAAGGUUUUUAAAAAUCCCUGUGUUUCAUGUGGAAAUUGUAUAUCUUUAGACUUUUUUUAGAUUCAGUUAUUUUAGUGAUUGUUUAUGUUAACCUACAAUGACAAAAUUCUCCGAAGAAUUUCAUGUUCUGUAGUGCUUAUUAAUACAAUAGAGACAGAGGCAGUCAGCUUUUAUCAGUGUGCAAAAGUACUUGACCUUAACACAAUAGGAGUGUAUUCUUGUAAGUCUUAAGGGGGAAUUACUGUUUCUCUAGAAGGAAACAAAUCAUGGCUGACGACUCUCAGAGAAACUUUCGCUCAGUAUAUUAUGAAAAAGUGGGGUUUCGUGGAGUUGAAGAAAAGAAGUCACUGGAAAUUCUAUUAAAAGAUGACCGGCUGGAUAUUGAGAAGCUUUGCACAUUUAGUCAAAGGUUUCCUCUUCCAUCCAUGUAUCGCAUACUGGUGUGGAAGGUGCUUUUAGGAAUUAUUCCUCCUCACCAUGAGUCUCAUGCUUUGGUGAUGAAGUACCGGAAGGAGCAGUACUGGGAUAUACAUCAUGCUCUCCGUGUCAUUCGUUUUAUUAAUGAUUCUACCCCACAGGUAGAUGUUUUCCUCCGCAUACAUCAACUGGAAUCAGGAAAACUGCCUCGAAACUUGGCUUUUCCAUUGGAACCUGAAGAUGAAGUGUUUCUUGCUAUUGCUAAAGCAAUGGAGGAAAUGGUGGAGGAUCCUAUAGAAUGCUAUUGGCUUGUCAGUUGUUUUGUGAAUCAGCUAAACAGCAAGCACAAAGAUUCAUUACAACAACUGCCAAAAAUUCUGGAGCAGUAUUUGAACAUUGAAGAUAACCGACUGCUGAUGCAUCUAAAAGCAUGUGCUGCCAUGAGCAAACUCCCUUACGAUCUUUGGUUUAAAAAGUGUUUUGCAGGCUGUUUACCUGAGUGCAGUUUACAAAGAGUUUGGGACAAAGUUAUAAGUGGGUCCUGCAAGAUUCUUGUUUUCGUUGCUGUGGAGAUAUUACUAACCUUUAAAAUGAAGAUAAUAGCACUGAAUACUGCAGAAAAGAUCACACAGUUUUUGGAAAAUAUUCCUCAAGAUAACACUGAUGCUAUUGUCAGCAAAGCUGUUGAUCUGUGGCGCACACACUGUGGGACUCCAGCACACUCAGUCUGAGAACUUUCUUUGCUUAUGACAGCUUGGGGAGAAAAAGGACAUUUGAAAAGACAUUUCACCACUCUUCCCCUAUCCUAGUGUGAUGUUCUUCAUUACCUCUUUUAUGUAAAGAUGCUACUAAGGCAGCUAAUAGCAUGGUGAUCAAUAUGUAAAUAUUUUUCAAUAAAUACAGAUGGCAUAAAGAUA